ACUCGCACUGAUCUGGGAUAGCUUAUUCAGAGAGCCACGGGAUAGUUCUUAAAGCUGAAAUUGUGACACAGGACAGGUGUGGAGUAUGGGAGCGACAUUAUCAGAGCAACGGGACAGCAAAUGUGAGGAAGAUGAGGAGCCGCAUUCAGGACAGGAUGAGGUACUGAAGGACAGCGCCGGAAACGAGCUGCUUCAGAAAAAUGGAAAGCUCUCAAGCCAGAAUGAAAAAACUGAAAGCCAGACUGAUGAGAUGAAUAGUCAGACUGAUGAGAGAGACCUUGUAGAUGUGGGAUCUGGAUUUGUGACACUGAAAGAAGAUGCUUCUGAUAUGACCGACAGUAUUCAAGAUGAUGUCUCUGACUACAUGAGCAAGAAAAUGAAUAAUGCAGAUGAUAGUGAAAUAGUGAAAGAGGAAAAUGAGUCCAACAACAAAGUAAAGGACACUGAAAUUGGCUUCAAAAAAAUCUUCAGAUUAGGUGGAUUUAAAUUGACUUUAAAAAAAGACAAGGUUGAAAAGAUUGAUACAGAUGAGCCAAUAGAAAGCGAGCAGGACAGAAAUGCUGCAAGUCCAUCAGAGGAAUCUUGGGACACUACAGAUGUGAAUGCUGUCAGUACAAAUGAGCAGGAAGAAGAAGAGAUAAAUAAUGAAAGAAUUAGAGGUGAUGCAAAUGCAAAAGAGUCUCCUGAGACACAGUUUAAUGAACCUAGGGAAGAAACCACUCCUGAAAAAGGACUGAUGGUAGAUGUUCCUCAAUGCCCCAAAUCUGAGGAACCCAUGUCCCCAGUUAAGCGAUUUUUCUCACAAGGAAUUUUGGCUAGUUUGAGAAAAAAGAAAAAAGAAGAAGGUGACCCAAAAGAGAAUGAAAACAAACUCAAAAGUUUGAACAAAAUGGUUGAAAAAGAAACUACAAAAGAAGACACUACAUGUACAUGUCUUGAUGUCUCUAAUGGUAAAAUUGUUGAAGAUAAAGAUGUACAGCUAUAUAAGAAAGAUGAGAGCAAACAUGCAGCUGAAGGAGACAUAAUGAAUUCUCUGGAACAAGAUAAAGUGCAAGAAAGUCCAUUCAGGAGGAUUUUUAGGAAACUGUCCACAAGAAGACAGAGCGAAACAAAACCUGGUGACACAAACUCACUUGACCCUGAAGAAAAUAGCAGUGAAAAUCCUCAAUUAUCCACAGAAUUAUUUAAGUCCCAGAAGGAGCAAGAAACAAAGGUUGUUGAAACACAGCCUGUGGAUGAGAUGAUGGACAUGAGCCAUGAAGAGUCAAAAAAAAAGUCAGAAUCAGCUGUUUCCUGGGAAAAUCUGAUAUGUGUCAGGUCUGCCAAGACAAGGUCCAGGAAAACAUCUGACUCUGAGGAUGAAACACAAGAUAAAGGAGAGGUGCCCAGAAGAACAAUUGAAUCUCCAUUUGAAAGUUCUACCGAAGGUGAUUAUCUUACAUCGUCCAAUGAACAAGGUGCUAGUCCCGUAGAAGACGACAGUGGAUCCACGUGGAAGUCUUUUAAAAAGCUUGUAACUCCAAAGAGGAGGAGCAGAAUGGAAGAAAGUGGUUCAUUUGAUCAAAUGCUGUCAGACACUGACAUUAGUAAAGAUGAGUCUUCAUGUUCCUUGCGGAAACUUAUUUCAGGGCGUAAAAAAAUUAAAUCUGAUGGGCAGCAAGAAAUCAUAUCAUCUGAUGAAGGCAGUAAAGGCACAGGAACAGACAUUGAGGAUGAUGAAACACCAGGGGUUGUACCACUGUGUGAAUAUGAAAUAGCUGAACCUAAAAUGUUGAAAGUGACGACUGAUGAAAUGAAAAGAGAAAGUAAAAAAGAGAAAGAGAUGCAACCCAUUAUUGAAGAGGUCAAGUCUACACAAAUGCAGCCUUUAAAUAAUGUUAAACCUUUAAGCUUUGAUUCUGGCUUAUCAGAUGUACCAAUUCCCACAGAGUAUAUGGAAGAAUUAACAGAAUUCUUAAGCAAACAUCAGCAACUCAGUGACAUACCAGAGGAAGGAAUCAUUGAGGAAAGUGUUGCAACUCCAUUAUCCUUUAUUGAAUGGACAACUCAGUAUGACACCUUAGCUGAUGAUAUAGUAGAUAUGACAGCUGAUGCAGUCACAGCUCCCGAACAUGUAUCUGAAUACACUGAGGAUGACACUUCUGAAAUGGUGUCUGCAGUUUCCCAACUAUCAGAGUCACCCAAAACAUCAGGAAAUGUAACACCACUAUCAAGAGAUAUGAGAUAUAUAUCUCACCAUAUGAGAGAAUCUGACACAAUCUUUCAGGAUGUUGUGGAGUCCAUUAACAUGGUUCCAAGUAUUCUGUCCACCACCACACAAGACAAAGUUCCUGAGGCUCAGGGAGUGUCAGUCUCUCAAUUUAUUGUAGAGUCAACUACAACAACGGAAACAAAAGUGUUAGUAACCCAUAAAAAAGAGGAAGCAACCUCCAUCUGCAUAGGCAUUGUUUGUAAGGAAAUUAGAGCUGCUGAAGUUGUUAGUUCUCUGCCCUUAAUUGAAGGCAUAUCAGAAAUCACUCAUGCAGUACCAAUAGAAUUUGUCUGUGGGGAUUUGGCAGAAGAAUCUAAAGUAGCAGGAAUAGCAAAUGACAAUGUCAAUGAAGCUGAAAUCAAUGAAAUCAAAACAAUGUUACAUGAAGUACUUUUACUUGAUGAGCAAAGCACAAUUCUUGCUGAAACUGCGAGAAAAUCAAAGCAACAAUUUAUAAUGGUCGAAACUGUUCAGGAAGAACUUUCUCUUAUGUUACAGAUGGAAGAUGUGGAACAUGAUUCAACAAAAACAUUAAAUGGAAUUCAUGAAUGCACACCAGUCCAUGCUGCGGUGUACUGUGGAAGUCAGCUUCUUGAGGAGCAGAUUAUUUUACAGAAUAUGAACACGCCUGAAACUGAGGGCCCAAUACAUCCAGCUUUAGAAGAACCAGUAUAUGAAAAGCUGACAAAGAACACUUGCAUCCCUUUUGAAGUUAAAAAUGUUCACAGAAUUCCAGAUGUUGUAUCAUCAGCUGCUGAUGUUGAGCAAUAUGUUCAAGUCACUGAAGUAACUAAACCUGUGUUGCACAGUGUUGUAACCUCAGAGUCAGACCCUGCUCUGAAUCAAACCUCAUCAAUUACAGAUGCUGGAGUUCUUGUAUCAGAUGUGAAAUGUUUAGAGACUACAGCGCCAUUUAGCAGUUUUAUCCCCAUAUCAGAUUCUAUCAAGAGAGAAAUGGAUUUGGAGAGUGAAGCGCAAAUGAAAAAUGACCCUUCACAACAUUUUGUAGAUAGUCUUACAAUCCAAAUGAACAAUACUGUGUUACAAACAGAAAAUAAAAAUGCUGAGACAGUUCCUGUACUUAGCACCGCAACAUGUUCAGCAAAUAGCUUUAAAAAUAUAGAGAUUAUUGAAGAAGUGGAAAAAGUAAAACAAAAGAUAGAACCUACAGCAGAGAUGAUUGAGGAAAUUGGUGAUGAAAAUGUUAUUUACAAUUAUGAAGCAGAGAACCUUUCAGAAAUCAUAGAUAAACCAACAGAAGAAAAAGAAGGUAAAGAAAGUGAAUGGAACACACUUGUCAGGGAAAGUUCCUUACCUGUAGCAACUACCAAUGAAGAAUGUGCAGUUAAAGAUAGGUCAGAAUUUUUUCUGGGUCUAAAAAAAGAACAUACAGAAGCAGACACACUUCCUAUAGAAGUCUACAAGAGAAAACAAGCUGCAGGUGAUGAAAUAGACAUGCUCACACUUAAUCCAGCUGAAACAGGUGAGGUGACCAAGAAGCCACCUGCCAUCUCUGAGCAAACAGGAGUCGAUGAAGAAAAUCCAGAUUAUGGACUCAAACUGCCAGCCACAGACAAAAUGAUCACAGAUGAACAAACUACAGCUGUAGCUCCAUAUGUUUCAGCAAAAUUGGAGGCUGUUAAAAGAUCAUGUGUGGUUGAUGAACCAGAAAAAUUAUUAGCAAGUGGGCAAGAAUAUAAUGAAACAGCAAAUCCUGAAAUUACUAUAGAACUAGAAACUGUAGAGUUUACUAGUUCUCCAGUUGAGACAUUCCCUGAAGAUAAGACUCAACUUGACCCAGAUGAGCCACAAAGAGAAGUUUUACUCUCAAAACAAGAACAAUAUAAAGCAACUGAGUCAAGUCAUGCACCUUAUGAGGAAAAUAAUGAAGCAGGUGAAGCUAUGGUUAGAAUGACUGUAAGCGUCUCAACCUUUAUGUAUGAAGAAGAUACAAGAGUAGAGUGUACUGAACAACCAGCGGCAAUUCUGCAAUGUUUUAAUGAAAUAAAUAGAGUCAGUUUGCUGGACCAAUCUGUAAUGUCUGACAUACAUUUAGCAGAGAAGCUAGAGGAUAAUGAAACAGCAAAGCCUGAAGUUAAUGCAGAAAUCAUUACAGAACACCAAGAGGCUGGAGAGACACUUAAGAUGUCCCUGAAAUUUGAGCCUCGACUCAACACUGAACAGCCACAGAAAGAAUUUUUAUUCUUAAAACAAGAAGAGAGUCAAGCACCCGAGUCAAGUCAUGAACCUUAUGACGAAAAUAAUCAAUUAAUUGGUGCUGCAGAAAUAAGCAAAAUCACUUCUUCAAUUAUAUAUGUAGAAGAAACAGGAGUAGAAUGUAAAAUAUCUGACCAACCUGUAAAUGCCGGACAGGGUGUAGAUGGAGAAGCAGUAAAAACAAUGGAGCAUGUAAGUAAAAUACUUCCUAAUGAUGAAGCUGAAUCCUGUGUCAUCUCUGAAACUGAAGGGUCUGAGCAUGUAAUGGAGGUAAUAAAAGCUACUUCUGAAGUAUCUGUUGAAGUUGUAACUGAACAUGAGGUUAAAAUGACAGUGGACUUUGAAGAGAACAUUGUCUCUCCAGAUGCGAUUCAAAAAGAUGUAUCUGAAAUUGACAUGGAAAAUGCAGCAGAUGCUGAAAAGAACACAGGAUUAACAGCAGAAUUGAAACUGAACAUGGAAACACCCACAAUCAACUCUGAAGGACAAACAGUACUCACAUCUCAGCAGGUGGCAGAAUCAUCAAUCGUGACCGAAAAUAAAAAUAAGCCUGAGGUGCUGACACAUGAAAUGAAUGAACUUGAUGCAGAGACACUGAAGGUGGCAGAAUCAAAGGCAGAUAUAAUUAUUGUAUCAGAGACGCCUGUUGUGGCCUCACCAGUGGACACGCCGUUGGUCAUAUCGACAGAAAAGGCUGUUAAUAUAGAAGCUCUUGCUUUGACUUCAGUAAUAAACAAAUUACAGUCAGAUUUAAAAUCAGUCACUGAACCAGAGAUUUCUACAGGAACCAAACAACACGGAACUCCCACUGUAGUGUCAGAAAUACAAACCGUGACAGGAUUAUCUUUAGCACAAACAGCAGCACUUUCACCAAUAUUAAAGGAGGUUUCAGAAAAAGAGGAUGUAAACAUCAACAGACCAGUUAUAGUUGAGGUGACGGAGCCAAAAUUAAAAAUGUUUAUGGUAACAGACACAAUAUCACACACAUCAACAGAAGACCCGGCACUUGAUGUAAAAACAAUGGAGAUUUUAGCUCUUGAAACAGACACCUUAGUGAGAACAUGUGUGGAAAAGGAUGGUGAAGCACAGGGCUCUGUCAAGACGUCAAUAAAAGAAGAUGCAGAUAUAGACUCUUUAGUUUUGACCAGCAGAGUCAGUAAAGCACAGCUAAAAACGCUAGUGGAGCUAAGAGCAGCAGACAUCCCAGUGAGUCAAAAGCCAACUGAUGGCCAGUUGAUCCAGGAACCAGAAAUGUUAAUGGUGGCACAAAAAAUAAAGGAAACAAUACUUGAGACACCAGAUGCAGUUGAUGUUACUGCAUUAAAGAUACCUGUGGAACAAGGUCAAAGAGAAGAAGUGACCAAACAAAUCGUAAAAGGAGCAGUUCUGUCAUCAGCAAAACCAGAGUUUGAAAUUACAUCAUUGAAGAAAGACAUAGUUUUAUUUGUUCCUACCUUAAUAGAAGAACAAACAGCAGCUUCUUUUGUAAAACUACCAACAGCAUCAGAGGCCUCAGUGGUUGAAACACCAACAUUGGAUCCAGCAGAAGUCCAAAGGCCAACUGUUAUCUCUGUGAUAGAAACACUACCAGUUACCAGAGCAGUAAAGGAAGUGGAAAUGCAAGUCACUGGACCAGAGGUUAAGGAAAGACACAGAGAUGCACAAGCUGCACUUAACAUUGAAGUGAAACACCAACCACUGACUAAAGUAAACGUAACAGGAUUAAUUGAACAGGUACCUGAGGAUGUAGGAAAUACAGCAAACCCCAAAGAGGAUUCUAAAAGCUCUGAAGAAAGGAGUGGAAGAUUAAAAGAGGUUUCUGUCCCCAUCAUAAAGAUAGUUGAAUCCCUGCCAGGAGUAGAUGAUGAUAUCUGGGAGGAUGCUAAUGAAGAUGUCAGAGAUGAUCAGUGUUCAAGUACUAAAGCAAGUGACAGUUUGUAAGAUGCAACCAUGUG